AUGAUCUCUAAAUCAGAACCUACUUUGCUCGAACAAAUUGAAGCUGCAGGAUGUCAUGUCGAUACCGAUUCUAUGAAUCCUGAAAUCGCCAAAAACCUUCCUAUUAAAGCUCAUGAUAUGACUUCAAACCAUCUUUUGGUUGAUGAACAACUUCGAAACCCUGAUAACAAAGAGCUUAUCGAAAAGACUAUCAGAGAACUUAAAGGUGAAGAUUGGUUGAAGGUACACACCGUCCUCUCCGUUCGAUUCGCUAAGAGAGUCUUACCUUACAUUCAAGGAAGAGUGCUCGUUCAAGCAUCUCCUAGAAACGCUUAUAACCAAGAUGCCAUCGAGGCUCACGUCAGAGCUUAUGACAAAGUAUUCCAAGAUGAAGGAAUCCCAAGAGAGCGAUUCAUGGUCAAAUGUCCAUCUACCUCUGCCGGUGUACGAGCCGCCAAGAUUUUGAACGCUGAAGGUAUCCGAACUCUCGGUACUUCACUCUUCUCCUUACCUCAAGCCAUCGCCUGUUCUCAAGCUGGUAUGCACUCCAUCAGCCCUUACUUCAACGAGUGCCCCGCCCACGUUGACCCUUCCAUCUGGCCUGAUGUUGAAGACGUGGCUACUCAACACCCCAUGUCUGCUAGAAUGAGACAUAUCCGAGACACCUACGACCGAUUGGCCAAGGAAACCGGAAAGACCCAACCCUUAAUCAAGGCUGCCUCAUGUGUCACGGCACGAGAAUGUAUGGCAAUGCUUGAACUUGGAGCUGAUUCCAACACCAUCUUAUCUGACCAAAUGGCCGAUUUAUGCUCUACAUCCAGACUUCCAGUAUACAAAAAAGGAGCUGAACAUCAAGUUCGAUUCCGAUCUUUAUUAGAUAAACCAGAUUCCUAUUGGACAGCCUGGCAAAAGACUGAACCUGCAACUUCCCUACCUAGAAUGCAAGAGCUCUCUCACGCCGAUCCUCUAUCUAAAGUCAUGUCUAAAGAUUGGAAGAUCGCUUCUACAGAUGUUGAUUACCUCGCCGAAGGUGUUCUUGAUAAAUACAAUGAAGAAGACGAAAUCACCAGAAUCAGAUUAAAGGAUGCUUUAGAUCUCUUCUACAACGGUGAAGAAGACUCCAGAAAGGAAAUUGAAAGAUUACAAAAGAUCUACGUUUAA